AAUAAAUUAAAGAAAUUGACAGAGAGGGAAAUGCGUCUUUAAAAGGAAACUGAUGGGUCUGACCUGCAAUAUAUCUCCAAGGAGCCAAAGUUGGUGAAGGAAAGAGCUUCGAAGUCUAUUGCAAAGAGGACUCCCAAAGAACAGGUGACAAAGCUCAAUCUUUUUUCAUGGCUGAAAACGGUGCAACUGAGACAAAAUGGAAGAUGCCACUACUGGUUUUCUUUAGAGAUGCAAGACAUAUUUUCAAAAUGGAUGAGCUGGGCUCGGAGAUAUUAAGGAUUGCAGUGCCUGCUGCUAUGGCUUUGGCUGCUGAUCCUAUUGCUUCCCUCAUUGACACUGCUUUUAUUGGCCAUCUAGGACCUGUGGAAAUAGCUGCUGUAGGAGUUGCAAUUGCCAUAUUCAAUCAAGCAUCAAAAGUUACCAUAUUCCCAUUGGUUAGCAUAACAACUUCUUUUGUUGCUGAGGAAGAUACUGUUCAAAAGGUCAGCAAUAAGGAAUCACAGAAAGGAGAAGACUUAGAGAAGGAUAAAUCAUCUAAAAUCACUGAAGAAAAGGAACCAAUUCCAGAAGAUGAAAUGCUUGAGAAGUUGGAGAAAGGAACAUCAACAAACAAUGAUGAAGAGAAAGAUUCGAUCCCAAAUGAUGAUUGUAAGGCAGUUACUUGCAAGUCUCCAAGUUUUACUGAUGGUAAGAGUAUCAACGAUAAGCCAACUAAGAAAAAUGGAAAGCGAAACAUACCUUCAGCCUCAACAGCACUUAUAGUUGGAGGAAUCCUUGGUCUUGUGCAAGCUAUACUCCUCAUAUUCUGUGCAAAGCCUCUUCUGCAUAUUAUGGGUGUAAAAUCUGAUUCUCCUAUGCACACUCCAGCUAGGAAGUAUUUGACAUUAAGAGCAUUAGGUUCUCCUGCAGUUCUCCUUUCUCUUGCAAUGCAAGGAGUCUUUAGAGGAUUUAAAGAUACAAAAACUCCUUUAUAUGCAACUGUGGCUGGAGAUGUCACAAAUAUAAUUUUAGAUCCAAUAUUUAUCUUUACUUGCCGGUUGGGAGUCAGUGGUGCAGCCAUUGCACACGUUCUUUCCCAGUACUUGAUUUCACUAAUCCUCUUGUGGAGGUUGAUGAAAAAGGUUGAUCUCUUACCACCAAGUGCUAAAGAUUUGCAAUUUAGUCGGUUUCUUAAAAAUGGUUUUCUGUUAUUAGCAAGAGUCAUAGCAGCAACAAUUUGUGUGACUUUAGCAGCAUCAAGGGCUGCAAGGCUUGGUGCGACGCCUAUGGCUGCAUUUCAGGUCUGCUUACAAGUUUGGUUAACAUCAUCACUUCUUGCUGAUGGGUUGGCUGUUGCUGGACAGGCAAUUAUUGCUUGUGCAUUUGCUGAGAAGGACUAUCAGAAAGCAACAACCGCUGCAACCCGGGUUUUACAGAUGAGUUUUGUUCUUGGUCUGGGGCUAGCUGCUUUUGUUGCAGCAGGUCUGCACUUUGGUGAUGGAAUUUUUUCGAAAGAUCCUCAUGUUCUUCAUAUUAUCAGCAUAGGAAUUCCAUUUGUUGCAGCUACACAACCUAUAAACUCAAUAGCCUUUGUCUUUGAUGGUGUUAACUUUGGUGCAUCAGAUUUUGCAUAUUCUGCAUAUUCUAUGGUUGUGGUAGCCAUUGUCAGUGUUGCAGUUAUUCUGUUUCUCUCCAAAACUGGUGGUUUUGUUGGUAUUUGGGUUGCUUUAACCAUUUUUAUGGGGCUACGUACCUUUGCUGGUGUUUGGAGGAUGGGGACAGGAACUGGACCUUGGAAGUUUCUCAGAGGGAGGUUGUUGCCAUAGGAAAUUACAGAUUGUUUAGCAAUUUCUCAGCCAUGUAGUUAUAUAUAUUAAUAUUCUCUUGUCCAUUUUUGUCUUUUUCUUUUUUUUUUUUUCUUUUUUUUGAUUUUUUUGUUCUGUUCCUUCUGGUUCUGUAUAUUGGAGAUAAUAAAUAUAUAAAUACUGCUUUCUGCAGUUCUCCAUA